AUGGCUCGGUUUAUUGAGCUUGGUGGAAAUGGAAUUCUCAAGGACUCACAUAUCGAGUUAUUAGUAUGUAUGAUUCUGGUUUCAAUGUCUAUUCUUUCUAUAAUCAUCUUUGUGUGUGGUGGUGACUCUGAUGAUCAUCAUUCCCGUAAGAAACAUCGUCGAGGGGGUCGCUCUGGUUUCGUAAAUGGGGUAUAUGUUGAUAAUGCUGGUGGUGGUGAUGGUGGUGGUCAUGGCGGAGGUGGAGGCGGAGAUGGUGGUGGUGGUGGUGGCUUUUGA